AUGGAAAGUAGUAGCGGAAAAGUAGAUCCAGCUUGGUCACAUUGUAUUCCAAUUGAAGGUAACAAGUAUGGUAUAAUUUGUAAAUAUUGUAACCAUAAAAUGCAAAGUGAUGGAAUGACAAGAUUAAAGUAUCAUUUAGCACAUUCUGAUCCAAAAAGUAAUGUCAAAAAGUGCCCCAAUGUACCUCCAGAAGUGAAGAAAGAGAUUUACCAUUAUUUGAGGAAGAAAGAACAUGCAAAAUUGAAGAAAAAGACAAUGGAGGAAGACAUUCGUAAUGAAUUACGGGAUAUGCAUCUUGAUGAAAGAGACUCAUAUAAAGCUGCAGUCCGUGCAUCUAAACAAGAUAGAUGGGAAGAAGAACAAGGAAGGAACUUUGUUAACCCUAGAGGUCAAGGAUCAGGAUCUUCUCGAGAGGGUGGUAGUCAACCAUGUGCUCAAUUUCGUCGUGCAACAAGUGUGAGGGAGCCCAUUCGUAGACAACAAUCUCAACAAUUUUCUCCAGUUGCACUUGCACCUUCGUUGUAUAAGUCAUCCGGUGCAAAACAAAAAAAUAUAAAAGAUGUGUUGACAAAAGGUGGUUUGAAAAACACAUUGGGAAGACUAGUAGCAAAGUUCUUUAUUUAUGAUAAUGUCUCACCUGCAAAGGCAAAAUCGCACCAUUUCAAAAACAUGAUCGUUGGUGCUCAACAAUCAGGUAUGGGAGUUCAAAUUCCAUCUCCAUAUGAAAUUAAGGAAAAAUAUCUAGACAUAGAAUAUAAAGAGAUGCAACAGCAUAUUGAAAAGUUUAAAGAAAGCUGGAAGACAUAUGGUUGUACAAUUAUGUGCGAUGGAUGGACAGAAUCAACUAAGCUGUCAAUAUUGAAUUUUAUGGUAGUCACGGAUAACGGUUCUGCAUUCGUAAAGGCUGGUAAGAAAUUGAUGACACAGUACAACUUGUAUUGGACACCAUGUGCUGCGCAUUGUAUUGAUCUUAUAUUUGAGGAUAUUGGAAAGCAUGAAAAUAUAUGCAAAGGAGAUAUCGUUCGACUAGGAGCAACAAGGUUUGCAACAAACUAUAUUGCUUUAAAUAGUCUCCUUAAAAAGAAAGCUUCUCUAAAACAAGUCUUUACAAGCGAUGCAUGGGCUGAGCAUCAAUUGAGUCAAACAAAAGCAGCAUACUUUCUGAAUCCACGGUUCCAGUAUAAAGAAGGAAUUGGCACUGAUUCAGAUCUUGUACAAGCUGUUCAUGAUGUCUUUGCAGCAUUAUAUCCAAAUUCAGAUCGUAUAUCUCAAUUUGGAAAUGAAAUAAUAUGA